CGAGAAAAGAGGAGGGGUGGGUUUAAAAAAAACACUAAGAGAAACAAAAGCACAGUUGUGUGUGCCUGAAACCAUGCGAGAUUUGCACUAUUCUCAAAGAACGCUGCUCUAUCCGUGGACCAUGUCGUGAGGUGUGGCUCCAGCGCUCGGGAUACUGCCAAUAGAUACGCCUGGGAGCAGGGCAAAAGAUGUCUGCCUCGGUAGGGCCCCAAAGCGGCCCUCGCCCACCCACCGUGCCGGUUCCCAUGCCUGAUAUGCCGGACUUGAGUCACCUCACGGAGGAGGAAAGGAAAAUCAUCAUGGCAGUGAUGGUUCGGCAAAGGGAAGAAGAGGAGAAGGAACAAGCCAUGCUAAAGACACUGCACCAGCAGUUUGAGAGUUAUAAGGAGCAGGUGAGGAAGAUUGGGGCAGAAACGAAACGACAGCAGGCUGUCCAUAAAGAUGAUGCACCUACCUGUGGCAUCUGCCGUAAGACCAAGUUUGCAGAUGGCUGUGGGCAUCUGUGUUCCUACUGCCAGACCAAGUUCUGCGCCCGCUGUGGGGGAAGAGUGUCAUUGCGUUCAAAUAAUGAGGACAAAGUGUGUCUCAUAGGGAAAGACAGGGUGAUGUGGGUAUGUAACCUGUGCAGGAAACAGCAGGAAAUUCUAACUAAAUCAGGAGAAUGGUUUUCAUCAGGGCCUGGGGCUAGGCCUCUUAGUGUGGGCGCUCCCCUCAGUGGCUCCGAGUUGGAGAAGGACAGAAAGUUGCGCUCCAGAUCCCAGGCUCCGGGCACUAACAACACUCUGCCACCCAACAUUGGUCCUGGUGACCCCACCAAGGGAGCAGAUAUGAUGCCCACCUUACGCUCCCGCAGUGAACCACCACGAGAAAAGAAGAGACCCGUGUCCCUGCAUGAGCAGAAUGGAAAGGUGAUUGGACGUGGAGAGAGAAGGCGGGGACCAGCCAGGUUGUCAUCACAGGCCUCUGAAGAUCGAGCUCCAGGUGAGAAGCGAGACAUCAGACGAUUGGAGAAAGGCCACUCACAGGAAUACCCAGAGGAUGAUCCCACCCAUCCUGAGCGGCGAAGGAGGCAAGAGGAGGAAGAGCGAGAGCGACAAAGACGAGAAGAAGAAUACCAGACUCGUUACCGCAGUGACCCGAACCUAGCCCGCUACCCUGUUAAACCACAGAAGGAGGAACAGGAAAUGCGUAUGCAUGCCAAAGUGUCCAAAAUGCGUCAGGAGCGCCAUCACAGCGACUUAGCCAUCAACGAAGUGGGAUUGAUCCAAGAUGGAGGUGAGGCUGCUGGAAAUCGAAUUAGCAGGCAACGAGUAGCUAACAACGACGACCGCAAGGCCCUUUUAGAGAACCAUAGAGCAUAUUCUAUGGACAGGACCGUGGGGGGUGGUGUUGGGAUACAAGGAUCCAUCGCUAAACAGGGCCACUGUAGCCCUCACAUGGGCCCUGGAGGGCCCCCAGACCUCAGGGACGGACAGGACUGGGGCCCAAAGGGGCAUCUGGAACCUGGGUCCGCAGCUUUUCUGCACAGGGCUAAGCGAGAAAAAGCAGCAGAAAUCAUGCGUAAAGAUUCAUCUCUCAGCUCGGACCAAUCGGAGUCGUUACGGCCACCUCCACCAAGAGCUUAUAGACCCAAACGAGGCCUCAACAAACGGCAGAUGUCCAUCAGUAGCUCAGAAGAAGAGGGUGGCUCCACGCCUGAAUACACCAGCUGUGAGGAUGUGGAGAUUGAAAGUGUUAGUGAAAAAGGUGACUGGGACUGUCAUCCUCUGGAUCCCACUGUGUGGCAUCAUCCAGUGAGCUGGCAGCCAUCCAAAGAGGGAGAUCAUUUGAUUGGCCGCAUCACUUUAAGUAAGCGUUCUACCAUGCCACGAGAAGCCGGUUCCCUACUGGGUCUGAAGGUGGUUGGUGGGAAAAUGACGGAGUCAGGGAGACUGGGGGCCUUUAUCACCAAAGUAAAGAAAGGAAGUUUGGCUGACAUUGUAGGUCAUUUACGAGCAGGCGAUGAGGUGUUGCAGUGGAAUGGAAAGGCUUUGCCUGGAGCAACUAAAAAGGAAGUGUACAAUAUUAUUCUAGAGUCCCAGUCAGCACCUCAAGUGGAAAUAGUUGUUUCCAGACCAAUUGGAGAUACACCAAGACUUCCAGGGACAUCACAUCCUCCUCUAGAAUCAACUGGUUCGAGUUCUAUAGAUGAAUCACAAAAGAUGGACCGUCCAUCCAUCUCUGUAAUGUCACCAACUAGUCCUGGGAUGUUGAGAGACCUCCCUCUGGUACUGCCAGGCCAGCUGUCGGUGAAAUUAUGGUAUGAUAAAGUGGGCCAUCAGCUUAUUGUAAAUGUCCUACAAGCACGAGAACUGCCUCCCCGACCUGACGGACGACCCAGAAAUCCCUACGUCAAAAUGUAUUUUCUUCCUGAUAGAAGUGACAAGAGCAAGAGAAGGACGAAAACUGUGAAGAAGAGUGCAGAGCCAAAAUGGAACCAGACGUUCCUGUAUUCUCACAUCCACCGCAGAGACUUCAGAGAGCGCAUGUUGGAGAUCACUGUUUGGGACCAGCCCAGAGUCCAGGAAGAAGAGAGUGAAUUUCUUGGAGAGAUUCUGAUUGAGCUGGAAACAGCUUUAUUGGAUGAUCAGCCACACUGGUACAAAUUGCAGACCCAUGAUGUGUCAUCCCUACCGUUGCCUCAGCCAUCCCCCUGCCUCCCCCGCAGACAUGUUCAUGGAGAUAGUCCUAGUAAAAAACUACAAAGAUCUCAUCGCAUCAUUGAGACAGAUUAUGAUGAUGGUAUAACAGUAGUGUCCUCAGCAGCAGAGAGGAACUCCAGAGACAGAGAGAGGUCAAGUACGCUGACCGUACCUGAGAGACAGGCGACCAUACAGCAUCGCUCGCGGUCAGUAUCCCCGCACAGAGAGGACCAAUGUAGAGCCCGGUCACGACCUGCACAUGUCCCUAUGCAGAGGAGUCUGGACGAGAUCCACAAAAACCGUCAUCAUUCCUACUCUCCCUCUCGUUACCAUGACUCCCAUCAGGAACAUCGCUCUGGAGAUUCUGACUAUGAAUAUUCAGAAGACAGCGAGGUCCUGGAGAUGCACAGAUCAAUCCGAGGUGGGAGUGCUGAGUGCCUGCAUACAAACAGCUCUACCCUCCCUGCAUGCUUAAAGAACAAACCGUCACGGCGAACAGAGAGGGAUGGAGUUAUCCCUCUUAGUGCCAUUCCACAGCGUGUUCUCAGGUUCACAGAUGAGGUCAGCUCUGGUGAUCUUCAGCCUUCAUUAGACAGAGUAAGAAGUGCCAGCACAACUUGUUUAAGACCAGAGUCAAACUUCCACUCACCUGAACGAGAAAGUCAUUUUCCAUCUCAAAGGCAUUCUGGCAAUUUGGAUAGGCCAAGCUGUCAGAUAGCUAACAAGAAAACCAUUGAUGGUGACAGACUUCAGCCCACCUCUAUCCUGAGGGGCAGCAGGAGGAGGAGAGAGCCUCCCCUCAAGCCCUUUGGCCAAACAAGCUUAGGGGGUUCCUGCCCUAACUCCCCACGAGCUGACAGAGAACUUCCACGCGGUGGACAUUAUUCCCCAGCAGGGACCACGUCAUUAGGGCGCAGAGGCAGGCAACUGCCACAACUCCCUGCAAAGAGCAGCAGUAUAGAGCAAGAACAUGUCAACAGUAAACCUGAGGAGAAACCUAACUCAGCACUAGCAGUGGAGGAGCGGGCUCGUCAGUUGCAGAUGAGAGUGCCCUCCUAUCGGCCAGGCUCUUCUUCCAGCUUUGGUCAUGACCCAGAGGCAGAGCUCAAGAACAGGAGAGAUAUGUAUAAGGACCAGAGGAGGAGUUGUGAUAACAUGUCUGCGAGGUCAUCGGACAGUGACAUGAGCGAUGUUUCAGCUAUCUCCCAUGCCAGCAGUGCCUCACGGCUGAGCGCCACCAGCUACAUGUCCAUUCAGUCUGAGAGGCCGCAUGGGAGAAUGAGGUCAAAGUCGUUGGAGAGUUGUAAAGGAGAAGAGAAGAAGGAGAGAAGGAUUUCAUGGGGGGUGAAUGGGACAGACAACAGGAGAAGUCUGGGAAAGAGACGUUUCUCUGAGGAGCUUAAACGCAGACGUCAUACGGUGGCUGGAGAUAUGAGUCAAGUCAGAGCCUCAUCUGGUCGGAGUAUGCUAAAAAGCACAAGCGUUAGUGGUGAUAUCAAUACAUCAGAGCGAACAGACGGCAGCCAGUCUGACACUGCCCUGGGAACAGUCGGAACUGGAGCUAAAAAGCGUCGCUCCAGCCUCAAUGCUCGAUUUGUGGCUAUUGUGGGAAACCGCCGCAGCCGAAGCACCUCACAGAUCAGUCAAACAGAGGCAUCCAAUAAGAAGUCGAAGGGCAGUCAAGGGACAAUCCAGCGCAGUCAGGAGACGGGAAUGGCUGUGGAAUUACAGAGGAAUAUGAGUCGUCAACCCAGCCGAGAAUCCAACAACGGAAGCAUGAACAGCUACAACUCAGAGGGCAGUCCAAUUUUUCCAGCAGUUCGAGUCGAGACUCAGUUCAGUGACUUCCUGGAUGGACUGGGCCCAGCUCAACUAGUUGGUCGACAAACCCUAGCCACACCAGCAAUUGGUGACAUUCAGAUUGGCAUGGUGAAUAAGAAAGGCCAGCUGGAGGUGGAGGUGAUAAGAGCACGUGGUCUCAUCCAAAAACCAGGAUCCAAAUCACUCCCUGCUCCAUAUGUCAAAGUCUAUCUUCUACACAAUGGGGCGUAUGUAGCUAAGAAGAAGACAAAAAUUGCACGCAAGACACUCGACCCGCUGUACCAGCAAGCACUGCAGUUUGAAGAAAGUCCACAGGGUAAAGUGUUACAAGUAAUUGUCUGGGGAGAUUAUGGGCGAAUGGACCACAAAUCCUUCAUGGGAGUUGCACAAAUCCUACUAGAGGAGCUGGACCUGUCCAGCAAUGUCAUUGGCUGGUACAAACUUUUCCCGCCUUCUUCCCUAGUCGACCCAACUCUUGCCUCUCUAACUCGACGUGCUUCUCAGACAUCCCUGGACAGUUCACCGGCGCCUGCGGGGGUUCGAUCGUAGUGGACUAACAAUAUAAAGCACAGUCAAUACAAGCUGAGAGACAACGGGACAACAAUAAGAGCCAGGCAGAAAAUGCGAUGAAAUAACACAAAGCUUUGUUAAAAUCUGACAAUCACUCCUGUGACUUUGUUUUUAUGUUUUUCUCUUUGUGGGUAGCCUGUGUUCUGCCAAAUUUGUUUGUCCUAAACAAAGUUGUUUGUUUCUCACACUUUUUGUUGCGUGAGACUUAGGGCUGUCUAGCACACUGGCACGUGGGAAGCACCGCUUUGGGGUGACAUAGAGAGCAGGGUGAUAUUCAGUCAAGUCUUCAUUAAAGAAAUGUACGUUAGAUAGUUUUUAACAGAGCAUCAGAAUGUAUCAACCCAAAAACAAAGGUGACCUCUGACCAAGGGAUUGUGGGGCCUCAGCCGAGGCCCUGUCUAAACCCUGUUUGUACUGAAAGUCAAAGGUCAGGCACUGGAAAGAUGUAGGGCGUCCCCUGGGGAGGUUGUCUGGAAGGGCAGGGCCUUUCUUGGUGCCUAAACCUGGAGGACCCAAAGCCAUGGUUCAUAUCCUCCAAAAAGUUCCUCUGUUUUCAAUGCUUGUGACAGCUAGCAGAGGCCACUCUCUUCUAGAAGUUAUUUUUUAUUUGUUUGAUUUUAUUUAUUUAUGUUAACCUCUCUGGCACGUUUUAUGAAAAUCAAAAGGUUUGUGUAAGAGUGUGCUGUGAAAAUGACAGGAAAUGCUAAAAAUGAGAUCGAAGACAACGUAUCUGGAAAAAUACAAAUUUCUUUGCACAGUAUACAUUUUUAUUUAAAGUUAACUUAAACUAUUACAUUAUCCUUCAGUACGUUGCAAUACAUCAUCUUAUUCAGUGAAUUCAAUCCGAUUUGUAGCACUUAUCAUUAAAUGCUAUUAAAAAGUAUAUAUUUAGUUAAUGAGGAAAAAAAAAACACUAUGUACCAAGAUAAACAUAUUUGUGUACAUGUACGUUUUCUAAUUUAGGGUCUUUGGUAAAGGAAAUCUGUACAAUUACGUUUUCAUCUGUUAAGUAAAUCUUGAUACAUAGAGUUUUUUUGGACACUAAACUAACUUUUUAACUUUGUUUGAUGGUAAGUGAUUGCGUAGACGUACAUUUUCCUUUUUAAUGUAUGUGGUUUAUCAAAAGCCACCUUCAAAUUAUACCACCCUGAGAUCACACGAUUGACUCAAGCUCUUCAACAAGCCCUUGCACAUAUGUCUUUAUUUUAAAUUAAAAUGCAAGCACAAAAGCUUGAUUUUUAAAUGAGAUGAGAGAAAAAAAAAUGCAAAUUCCUUUUGUGUGUCUCUGUAAAUGUUGAAGUGACCAAUCCGAUUUUGCCAUCACAAACAUAAACACCAAUCAUCUAUCAGGCCACUGGCCCCUUCCUCCAGUGCGGUGGAGCAGCAUGACUCGGAUCAGUUCCCAGCUGCAUGCACAUUUUUGUAAAACAGACUACACAAAUGUUAAAAAGUAACAGAAAUAGAUAUGUGUUAGUUCAACAUACUGUAGGCCAGCUUGUAUGUUGCAUGUACUGUACAGUUUGCUUGUACUUGAAUAUAAGAGAUAAACCAAGAAAAAGAAGCCAUUUGCUUUCACUCAGACUUUUCAGAUCAGCUAAAAAAAAAACUAGUCCAUGUCCUCCAUUCGGUGCUGAAUGUUGCAACAUUUAUUUAUUUAUUUUUUUAUUUUUCUUCAAGUUUUCUUUUUAGUCUUUUAUAUCCCUUUGGGGAAAUGUGCUGUACUGUAACACUGAACAAAAACUAACCUCCCUCCUGUUUUACAGAUUUUACUGAAUCAUAAUUUACCUCAAAACCACAGAAAUUAACCUAUAAAAUGUGUAUACAUCCCAUCAAGUUACUCAAGAGUAUACCGAUAUCAAAACAGAAAAUGUCAAAAAUAUAUCAUACAUACAUAACAGUAUCCAUGUUAAAUAUAAAUGUAGAUGCACAGAGACUAAUUAGCGCAUGUGUUGUAAAUAUGAGAUAACCAUGUGGUUAAGCCAUAUUUGCAAAGGGGCCAAGGCUUUCUUUUGAGAACAACCAUCCCAAUAUGGGACCGCUGAGCGGACACCUUUCUUAUCAUAUGGGUCCAAAUCUAGAGCUCUCACUGUCACUUUUAGAGGGCCGAACCACUCCGCUCUGAAGCUGUAGCCAGAUCGUCAUUUUCUCUGUUCUUUCGAGCCGAAUUCUUCACCUCUGCUAUGAACAUAACAAAUCAGAAAAAAAAAGAAAAAAAAAAAAGAUUGUUUUUAUUCAUGAGAGACAGGUUUUUAUUUUACUUUGAUCAGUAUUCUUGGGUAGAGGGGAAAAACAAUGCUGACUGUUUACAACUUCUAGUAUGUGUUUCACUGAGAUGAUGAAAAAGAAAAAGUAUUCACUGCAACAUUUCUGUUUGUAUACAGGUGUGGCUCAUAUGAUGUGUAUGUUUUAUAUUUAAAAAAAGAAAAA